AUGAAUGACCAACGGCGAUACGGAAUGUUGAUGCCUGGAGCAUCGCGAUUUAAGCGCAAGGAGAGGGAAUCAGUUUAUCCAGCGAAACGAUCACCACUAGCACCACCACCACCACCACCACAGAAGCUGACACAGGCGACAGUUGCCUCAUCUACGGCUUCUAAAGGAAGUAAAGGAAUGGAAGCGAUGUCAUCGAACAAACUUUUAGCUGGUUACAUGGCUCACGAGUUUCUUACGAAAGGAACUCUAUUAGGACAGAAGCUCGACGGAGGAGCUGCGGUGAGAGGGAAAACAGAGGCGAACGGAAAUGAAACUUACAAAGAGAUCACGAGUUUGCUGAUGAUGAAACCCGAUGGAGGUGGAGGAGCUCGUAUACCUGGAAUCGUGAAUCCUACACAGCUUGCUCGUUGGAUUCAGAUGUAA